CCCAAAUCCAAAUUCUUCACUGCACUGCACAACAACAGCAACAACAACAACAGCAACGAGCAUUGCACUCCUACACUCCUUAGCAAACCUUUUCACUCAUUUAUCCAACUUUCCCUUGUCGUUUUCCCCACUCUCAUUUCCACACACUCAUUUCUCACUUUCAUUCAUUCCCUACAAACUUUCCUGAUCUAUCCACUCCUUAUCCAAUCCACUCUUUCCACUCUGUCCAACAAAACCCAACCCAACCCCAAACGCAAAAUGUACUUCCCCAACACCAUCACCACCACCCUCCUCGCCCUCCUCAGCACAACCGCAACCGCCCUCCCGCAAACCGUCAGCACAAACCCACCCGGCAGCAGCGGCGGCAACACAAUCGGCGAAUGGACAUUUACCGUGCAGCAACACAAGGACAUGGCCAACAACUGCACCGUGGAGAACGCGACGGCGAUUUACUACGGCGAAAUGGCGCCGUACGGGCUCACGAGCACGUGCUGGCAUGUGAUUCCCAUGGCGGGCAAUGGCGUGUCGCGGGGGACGCACAACUGCACGAAUCGGUUUAGCUAUCAGAUUGGCGGCGUGCAUGCGAGGCCUGGUCAGAACCUCAUGCUUCAGCAGCAAUUCGAUCAUUACAACAAGUAUGGGGGUAUCACGUACAAGGGCUGGUCCAACAUGACGCUGUACACGACCGACUAUUCGGGUCAUCGGUACGAGGCGUCGCUCAAGGUGCCUAUUUUGCGAUAGAUAGGUCGCUAUGCAUGGAUCAUGGCAGUUAGUACAGCAGCAAUCAGGUCUAAGAGGAAGCACGAGAAC